CACUUGGCAGUGGACAGAGGUUUCGGUUGGAAAGAGGACCAUGCUUCUCCCGCGUUUUGACAGAGCGGUUCUCAAAAAGCUCCGUCUUCGGCGCGCACGUCCUGCUCGUGCGAAUCGUCUAGGGGGGUUCGAGGGCUUUGUUGCGUCCGGUCGCGCCGGUGGGUUUUCGCCAGCGGGCUGGUACGUCUCUUCGGCCUCUUUGUUGGCGCUGGCGGGGUUCGGUUUUGCGAGCAACUCGGACGCGAAGUUCGACGAAGUGGUUGAAAAGAUGAAAGAGAUUAAUGAGGCGAUUGAGAGCGCGCCGGAUCAGGUCGCCUCGCUGAUCGACAAAGUGCUGGAGCGCAUUAGGAGUCUUUCCCCCAAGGAGAUCGAGCGGGAUUUUUUGAAGUUGUGCGAGUACAUUUCUUACUGUGGUCAAUACGUUGGUGCCGUGUGCGGUCAGAAGGAGAAGGGGUUGUCUAUUUUGCAGCUGAUUUCGGAGAUUCAUCGGAAGUUCCGGUCCGACAUUGAGCCGGACGACGUCGAGAGGAUGAUCAAUCAGGCGUGCUUUUCGAUUUACGUUGCGAAUGAGGAUUGGAAGGAGGGGAUCAGAGUUUUGCAGAAGGAGCUGAGUUACAUGCGGCGCCAGGAGAAAAAGUCUUACAGUUUGGAUCAGAGUAAGCUUUUGUUUACGUUGGCCAGUCUUACGGCGGUUCAGGAUGACUGGGACGCUACCGAGGGUUAUUUGAGAGAGUCCAUCAAGGUGUUUGCUGGGGCAGAUUCGAAGGAGGUGGACAAGGAUACGCAGAUAGCGUGGCGCGGAACUAUUUUGUCGAUGCUGAUGUACUCUUACGUGAUGACUUACAGGAACCACCCUAGGAGCGCGGUGAUUUUCAAGGAUACGUCCAGGGCGUUGUACGACAAGUACGCGGCGGUGGUGAAGACGGGUGACAUACCGACAUACGACGAGCUUGAGAAGUACGCGAAGCAGAUUUCGAAGGAGCAGCAGGCGCAGGGGUUUUGAUUUGUAGGUGCGGAGGGAGCGUGUGAGAGGGAUGGAGGCGCGACGAGGGUUUUGUGUAUGAGAGGGGGGCCUGUCAAAAAAAAAAAAAAAAAAA